AUGCCUCCAUUAGACAGCCAUGCGUUCUCGGACAAAACGAACUCAAAACAAAGCGUUUCAGAUAAUAGACAACACGUUCAGCUUGAAGAGAUUAUUUUGAAAAGCAUAAAUGAUCAAGACAGUCUUUUCAGUCAGCCUCUUUUUUCGGAGGCUCCUAAGCACGAGUACAAUGAGGUGUAUGCCAAUGAGAUAAUAGACAUGUGUGCAUCUUACAACAUAGACGAUCUGUCCUAUACGCUGUCCAGCAUAGAUGUAGACAACUUCUCGACCCAGCCAUUUUCUAUGUCUAUGCCAAGGCGCGAAGAGGGCGCGCUUUCUCAGAAGCUGUAUCGGCAAAAGGCUGUGAAGAGAAAGGACGACGACGAAAACAGGCCGUUUUUGUGCACGCACACGAAUUGCUUCAAGGCGUUCAAGCGUUUUGAGCACUUAAAAAGACACUACAGAAUACAUACGGGAGAAAAGCCGUAUAAAUGCUCGCUUCCAGAGUGCAACAAAAGCUUUUCCCGCUCAGACAAUCUUCUGCAGCACGAGAAAAUCCAUGCCAACAGAAAAAUGUAA